GAGGCAGCGCGUGCGUGUUCGCGCACGGGGUGGCGGAGCUCGCGCAGCCGCCAGACUUCUCGCGCACCAAGCUAUGCAGGGAGCUCGUGACCACUGGGGCGUGCAGCCGGCCCGACUGCUCCUUCGCGCACAGCCGCAAGGAGCUGCGCAGGAGAGGUGGCCAGGGACACGCGGCGGCGGACAGACCGCGGCCCCCGCGGCCGGCGCGGGCGGCGGCGGCGGCGGCGCCCGACGCCAAUUCGAUGCUGCAGGCGGCCUACGCCUCCUACGCCAUGGAGAUGGGGCACGCGGCCGCGCCUGCCCGCUCGCCGUCCUUCCCGUCCAGGCUGGCGCAGCCGCCCGAGAUGCCGCUGGGCCCCCCCGCGCUCCAGGCGGCCUGGGGGCAGCCCGUGGACUGGUGCGGCUCGACGUACGCGCCGCCCCGGGACCUGGACGUGGGCCCGCCGCCGGGCUGCCGCGCAGGCGUGCCGAUGUCGGUGCAGGUGCAGCCCGACUUCGGUGACCCCUGGUGUGGCCGGCCGAUCGCGGUGGAGGAGGCGCCCCCGCCGCCGCCGCGGCCGCGGCCCGCCGGGCAGCCCGCCACGGGCCCGUCAAGCGGGCAGGCCGCGCAGGGCGGCCCCGCCUGGCAGGCGCAGGUGCGGGCCGCGAGGCUGCCGCCGUCCGAGGCGCCUCCUGGGGAGUUCGGCGAGGUGACCUUGCGCGGGUCCGCCGGGUGUUUUGGUGGUGGUUCGCCGGGCGGCAGCAGCGGCGCACAAGGCGGCGCGAGCGGCUGCGCGCUCGGCGGCCCCUCGGGCUGCGGCGCCCUGGGGGCGGUGGCGCGGCUGGCCCCCGUGCACGAGGCCCGCGAGUUGCACGCGCCUCCGAGGCCGGCCAGCCCAGCGGACCUGCCAGCGCACUCGCCGCUGAAGGUGUCCGUGAAGAACUCCUUCCUGCACGUGGGCGCGGACGAGGAGGUCCCGUGCAUGCGCAUGACGCAGACGGUGGACUGCCUCCCACUGGUAGACUUAGGGCGGAUGCCGCUGAGUCAGCAUAUCGACUCGCAGGCUUAUUCGGCAACGUUGGAGACGCUGCCCGACGACGAUGGUGACAGCGUCCAGUUUGGUCGGAUGGGCUCCUUUUCGGACUGCCUUCGCGAUCCUCUGUCGGUGUCCAGCAUCACCGUCAGGAACACGUUCAUCGACCUUCCACAGGAGGGCUUGCUUGCGCAGGCCCGCCAGGUCCACACGGUUGACUACUUGCCCAGCGUCAUCUAGCCUUUGCCGUAGGCUCGCGGAGCGGCAUAUUGGAGCUGCCUGGGCGGGCUGUCGUCCAGGACGUCCUCGCUACCUCCCCUUUUUCCUCCC